CGCCGCUGAGCUCGCCGGCCGCGCCGGGGCUCGGCCGUCCGAGCGGGAAGAUGUUUUCCGCCCUCAAGAAGCUGGUGGGGUCGGAGCAGGCCCCGGGCCGGGACAAGAGCAUCCCCGCCGGGCUGCAGUCCAUGAACCAGGCGCUGCAGAGGCGCUUCGCCAAAGGGGUGCAGUACAACAUGAAGAUUGUGAUCCGCGGAGACAGGAACACGGGCAAGACCGCGCUGUGGCACCGGCUACAGGGCAAGAAGUUUGUGGAGGAGUACAUCCCCACGCAAGAGAUCCAGGUCACCAGCAUCCACUGGAACUACAAGACCACCGAUGACAUUGUCAAAGUUGAAGUCUGGGAUGUGGUUGACAAAGGAAAAUGCAAAAAACGAGGUGAUGGCUUGAAGGUGGAGAAUGACCCUCAGGAGGCAGAAUCUGAAAUGGCCCUGGACGCCGAGUUCCUGGAUGUCUACAAGAACUGCAGCGGGGUGGUCAUGAUGUUUGACAUCACCAAGCAGUGGACCUUCAACUACAUCCUGCGGGAGCUUCCCAAAGUGCCGACCCACGUGCCGGUGUGUGUGCUGGGGAACUACCGUGACAUGGGCGAGCACCGCGUCAUCCUGCCCGACGACGUGCGUGAAUUCAUCGACAACCUGGACAGACCUCCAGGCUCCUCCUAUUUCCGCUAUGCUGAGUCUUCCAUGAAGAACAGCUUUGGCCUAAAGUACCUUCAUAAGUUCUUCAACAUUCCGUUUCUGCAGCUUCAGAGGGAGACGCUGCUGCGGCAGCUGGAGACUAACCAGCUGGACAUUGACGCCACGCUGGAGGAACUGUCGGUUCAACAGGAGACUGAGGACCAGAACUACGACAUCUUCCUCGAGAUGAUGGAGGCUCGAAACCGUGGCCAUGCAUCCCCGCUGGUGGCUAAUGGGCAAAGCCCAUCCUCAGGCUCCCAGUCACCAGUUGUGCCUCCCAGCACCAUGUCCACAGGGAGCUCCAGCCCCAGCACACCCCAGCCCCCCCAACAGCUGCCCCUCAGCGCCCCCUCAUCCUGCCCCCUGCCACCGUCCUCCAUGUCCCCUGUAGCCCCCUCAGAGGCCCUGCCUCCCCCCACACACCCCUUGGCCCCAGCCCCGGCCCCACCCCCACGACGCAGCAUCAUCUCACGGCUGUUUGGGACCUCGCCUGCUGCUGACAUGGCCCCUUCACCUCCAGAGCCAGCCCCAGCUGCACAAGCCCCAGCAAAAGUCCAGAAUGUCGAGGACUUUGUUCCUGAGGACAACCUUGACCGCAGCUUCCUAGAAGACACAGCCACCCUGACGGAUGAGAAGAAAGUCAGAGCCAAAGUCUUACAGCAGGAUAGUGACAGUGAUGGGGAGGCCCUGGGAGGAAACCCCCUGGUGGCAGGUUUCCAAGAUGACGUGGACCUUGAGGAUCAGCCCCAUGGUGGAGCCCUGCUGCCCUCAGGCCCUGUCCCCAGUAAAAACAUCACACUUUCAAGUGAGGAGGAAGCAGAGGCAGCAGCAGAUCACCCCGAAGUUACUGUCCUGGCUUUCCAGCAGUGUUCAAAGCCAGCUACUGAACGGUCCUCUACAAAAGCCUUGAGGCCACACCCCACAAGAGCCUCAGUGGCCCCCUGGCCAGGGGUUCUCCCAUCUCACUCUGGUCCUGAGAAGCCUGGCAGCACCAAGCCCCCCGCCAAGGGCUCUUCUCACAGAUUCAAGGUGGGAGAGGAGGAGCAGGCACCGUCCUCAGACAGUGACCCUGAGGGGCCCAUUGCUGCCCAGAUGCUGUCCUUUGUCAUGGAUGACCCUGACUUCGAGAGUGAAGAGUCGGACACACAGCGGAGGGUGGAUGAGUUCCCUGUGCGAGAAGACCUCUCUGAUGUGACCGAUGAGGAUGCUGGCCCUGCCCAGCAGCCUCCACCCCCUAAGCCCCCUGUCCCCUCCUUCAGACUGAAGAACAACUCGGAUCUCUUCGGGCUGGGGCUGGAGGAGCCAGGACCCAAGGAGAGCAGUGAGGAGGGUAAGGAAGGCAAGCCUCCCCCUAAGGAGAGGAAGAAGAAGAAGAAGAGCAGAGAGGAGGAAGAAAAGGCCGCGAAGAAGAAGAGCAGACACAAGAAGACCAAGGACAGGGAGGAGGGCAGGGACGAGCGGAGGAGGAGGAAGCCCCCGCACAGCAAGGACAGGCAGGCCGUGGACGAGCUGGAGGCCUUCCUGGGUGGCGGGGCCCUGGGUGGCCACCACCCCGGGGGCGGUGACUACGAGGAGCUCUAGGCCUGGGAGGGCAGCUGGCCACCCUGGGGGAGGGAGGGGCAUACCUGUCACUGCCUGGGGAGGCUUCUGCCUGCGCCUGCCUGCUGGGACCAUA